AUAGAUAGCCAAAAAACUCUUAACUGUAAGGAAAAAAAAGGAACUGUUUUGAACGAGGUAAAGGAAGCAAAAUAUCAGCACAAUUCAGCUUCAACCGGAAAGCCCCCUCUGAAAAGACCCAAACACAGAGAUCUCACGCGUUCUCAUCAAAUUUUUCUCUUCUUCCUUUUCUCUCGGAAACGAAACGAAGACAUCAAGACUGACGAUUCAAAUGGCACCGAUUCCCUCAGAGAACGGCGUCGAAGGAGACGAUGAGAGAGAAGAAGAAGACGCCGACGAAGAAGAAGAAGAAGAGGAAGAAGAAGCUGGAGAAGAGGAAGAGGAGGAAGAGGAGCCGAGACUCAAGUACCAGAGAAUGGGAGGGAGUAUACCUACGCUUCUCGCCAGCGAUACGGCGUCGUGUAUCGCCGUUGCGGAGCGCAUGAUCGCCCUUGGGACGCACGGCGGCACCGUUCAUAUCCUCGAUUUUCUUGGCAACCAGGUUAAGGAGUUCCCUGCCCAUACUGCUGCCGUCAAUGACCUUAGCUUUGACAUAGAAGGUGAAUAUGUAGGAAGCUGUUCUGAUGAUGGGUCUGUUGUAAUAAACAGCCUUUUCACUGAUGAGAAACUGAAGUUUGAGUAUCAUCGUCCAAUGAAGGCUAUUGCACUGGACCCAGAUUACUCAAGAAAAACGUCAAGGAGAUUUGUAACUGGUGGUUUAGCAGGUCAUUUAUAUUAUAAUACUAAAAAAUGGUUUGGCUAUCGCGACCAGGUCUUGCAUUCUGGUGAAGGUCCAAUUCAUGUAGUAAAAUGGAGAACAAGUCUUGUUGCUUGGGCCAAUGAUGCUGGUGUGAAAGUUUAUGAUACUGCCAAUGAUCAGCGUAUAACAUUUAUCGAAAGACCAAGAGGAAGCCCACGUCCCGAGCUUUUGCUUCCUCACUUAGUUUGGCAGGAUGAUGCUCUCUUGGUCAUUGGCUGGGGAACUUCUGUAAAAAUUGCAUCAAUAAGAACAAAUCAGAAUAGAGCAACUAAUGGGACAUAUAAGCAUGUUCCGAUGUCAAGUGCGAACAAGGUGGAUAUAGUGGCAUCUUUCCAAACCAGCUAUUUCAUUUCAGGAGUUGCUCCUUUUGGUGAUUCUUUGGUUGUUCUAGCUUAUAUUCUGGGGGAAGAAGAUGGGGAGAAGGAAUUUAGUAGCACCAUUCCAUCACGGCAGGGAAAUGCACAGAGACCAGAAGUACGUAUUGUAUCAUGGAAUAAUGAUGAGCUUUCAACUGAUGCCCUACCUGUACAUGGCUUUGAGCAUUACAAGGCAAAAGACUAUUCCCUUGCUCAUGCUCCAUUCUCAGGUAGCAGCUAUGCUGGUGGUCAGUGGGCUGCAGGUGAUGAACCACUGUACUAUAUUGUGUCCCCAAAGGAUGUAGUUAUUGCAAAACCUAGGGAUGCAGAAGAUCAUAUUGCUUGGCUUCUUCAACAUGGCUGGCAUGAAAAAGCUUUGGCAGCAGUUGAAGCUGGUCAGGGACGGAGUGAACUCCUGGACGAGGUGGGAUCUAGAUACCUUGAUCAUUUGAUUGUGGAAAGGAAGUAUGCCGAAGCUGCAUCUUUGUGUCCCAAAUUGCUGCGAGGAUCCGCUUCAGCAUGGGAGAGAUGGGUUUUCCACUUUGCUCAUCUUCGUCAGCUUCCUGUGCUGGUUCCAUAUAUGCCAACAGAUAACCCGAGACUGCGUGAUACUGCUUAUGAGGUUGCUCUUGUAGCUUUGGCUACAAAUUCUUCUUUCCAUAAGGAACUCUUGUCAACGGUCAAAUCAUGGCCACAUGUGAUUUAUUCUGCAUUGCCUGUUAUUUCGGCCAUAGAACCUCAGCUUAAUACUUCAUCCAUGACUGAUGCGCUCAAAGAGGCACUAGCGGAGUUGUAUGUAAUAGAUGGGCAAUAUGAGAAAGCUUUUUCUAUCUAUGCUGAUCUCAUGAAGCCAGGAGUAUUUGACUUUAUAGAAAAACAUAACUUGCAAGAUGCAAUUCAAGAGAAGGUUGUGCAACUGAUGACGAUAGAUUACAAGCAUGCAGUUCCAAUAUUGAUCCAAAAUAAGCACGUGAUUACUCCAUCCGAUGUUGUUUCACAACUUCUGAAUUCCAGCAAUAAGUGUGAUAAUAGAUAUUUCCUGCACCUAUAUCUCCAUUCAUUAUUUGAAGUGAAUCCACAUUCUGGAAAGGAUUUUCAUGAUAUGCAGGUGGAGCUUUAUGCAGACUAUGAUCCAAAGAUGCUACUUCCUUUUCUUCGUAGUAGUCAACAUUAUACUCUUGAAAAGGCAUAUGAAACUUGUAUCAGAAGAGAUCUUCUAAGGGAGCAAGUCUUCAUCCUUGGAAGAAUGGGAAAUUCAAGGCAAGCCCUGGCUGUCAUUAUAAAUAAAUUAGGCGAUAUAGAGGAGGCUGUAGAGUUUGUGACUAUGCAGCAUGAUGACGACCUUUGGGAAGAAUUAAUAAAGCAAUGUCUUAACAAACCUGAGAUGGUGGGCGUGUUGUUGGAGCACACAGUUGGAAAUCUUGAUCCUCUUUAUAUUGUAAAUAUGGUUCCCAAUGGCUUGGAGAUACCUCGGCUUAGGGAUCGUCUGGUCAAGAUCAUUACUGACUACAGGACUGAAACUUCUCUUCGACAUGGUUGCAAUGAUAUCCUCAAGGCUGAUUGCGUCAACCUUUUGGUUAAAUACUACAAAGAGGCAAGACAUGGGAUUUACUUGAGCAAUGAAGAAGAAGAAGCACGAGCAAAACGGAAUGACAGUAGUGCUUCUCAGGCGAUUGAAAAAUCAAGUAUGAGAACCACAGAGGUCAAGUCCAAAACUAGGGGGGGUGGAAGGUGUUGCAUGUGUUUUGAUCCCUUUUCUAUACAAAAUGUAUCAGUCAUCGCUUUCUUUUGCUGUCAUGCUUAUCACAUGACUUGUCUUAUGGAUUCGACCUCUAAUGUUAGUGGCAAGAAAGGGUCUGAAGCCACUUCCCGGGAGCCUUUAGUAGAAUAUGAGUACGAUAAUGGUGAUGUGGAGGAUGAUGAGGAUGAUGAUGAGGAUACCCAGUCAAGUUCGCGUCGUGUGCGUUGUAUCUUAUGCACUACAGCUUCCAGUUAAAGUUUGUUGAUGCGUGUGAGCUUGUGGCCGUGUGUGUGCACGUGUGUCUGUGCAUGUUUGAGUUAUUUGUCAUUUAUUUGUGUGUGCAUAUAGUGUGAGUGGGUGCAAUCAUUUUUUUCUUCUUUUGUGCGUCAAUAGUUGUCAAUUUUUGUGUUAUAGUCAUAUAUUUUUCAUGGAAAGAGUCCAAUUUUUUUUUUUUUUGGGGCCAGUUUUGUAGCCUUCAGAGGCCAAGUUUCUUUUUUCUAUGGCCAUGGUUGUUGUAUUGAUAUAUACUUUCAUUAGUAGUGGUGUUGAAGGUCGUGGUUUCUGGGGAAAAGAAGAAUUUUCAUCCUUUUAUUUA